CAGCGGCGGCCCGGGGCACGGCGGCGGUGGCGGCGCACGGUAACUACAAACUGAUCAUUUAAUUUGAUCAAGAAUCCUUCAGAGGAUUGAAGUUACUGGUCUGUAACUUCUUAAGUCUUCUCCCACCUUUUUUUUUUCCUUUUAAAAAGAGAUUGGCCAGCCUGGCUGAGACCACUUAGCAAUGACAAAACAAAAACUUCUGCUUGAUGGGACGCUCUCCUUGUUUCUAAUUGUGGCCUGUGGAGCUCAACAGGUCCCGAAGAGUCAUGUUGCUGCUAGUUCUGGUUCGCUGUGUGAGAAGGAGGCAGAGUCCUGGGGAAACCUUUUCACCAGUGAGCGGCUGGACACUUGGAUCUGUUCCCUCAUCGGUUCAUUCAUGGUGGGCCUGAGUGGAGUCUUCCCCUUGCUGGUGAUCCCAUUUGAGACGGGAGCUGCUCUGCAGUCAGAAGCUGGAUCACACCGUAUGAAGCAGUUGUUGAGUUUUGCAAUUGGUGGACUACUGGGGAAUGUAUUUCUGCACCUGCUUCCUGAAGCCUGGGCCUACACAUGCACUGCAACGACAGGAGAAGAGCAGAGCUUUCAGCAGCAGAAGCUUCUGGGUCUCUGGGUCAUCACUGGUUUCCUGACCUUCCUGGUGCUAGAGAAGAUCUUCCUAGAGAAAGAAGAGAAGGACUACCCUGGUGUGGACUAUGAUUCCAAAGCACCAGCUGGAAAGAUUUCCAAUGGAAGUGGGUGUUCCUUGCCAAAGGUGGCAGGCCAAUCCCAAAAAGCACGAGCUCAGUGUAAUGGCUCCUCUCUCCAGUCUUGUACAAGAAACAAGAGAAUCAAGAUUAGUGGAUACCUCAAUCUACUGGCCAACACCAUUGAUAACUUCACACAUGGCCUGGCAGUAGCAGCCAGCUUCCUGGUUAGCAGAAAGGUUGGGUUCCUAACCACAGUGGCCAUUCUCCUGCACGAAAUCCCACAUGAGGUUGGAGACUUUGCAAUCUUACUUCGGGCUGGCUUUGACCGCUGGAGUGCAGCCAAAAUGCAGCUUUCCACAGCUCUGGGGGGAAUUCUAGGAGCCUGCUUUGCAAUAUGUGCUCAGUCACCAAAAGGAGCAGGUGAAACAGUAGCCUGGAUCCUCCCUUUCACUUCUGGAGGAUUUCUGUAUAUUGCCCUGGUAAAUGUUGUGCCUGAUCUCCUGGAGGAAAAGAAUCCUUGGAACUCCCUGCAGCAAAUUCUGCUCCUGUGUACAGGCAUUAUAGUCAUGGUGCUACUUGCGCUCACAACUGAGUGACCUCUGCGCAGACCUCAUGAUGCCUCCCAGAGCCACCACAGUGACUCUGAGCUGUUACAAAGCAAUAAGGAACACUAAUAUUAUUUCUUACGUGUGUGCGUGCAGAUCUGGCUGCUAGUAUGAGAAGCAGGUGAGAAAGAGGUCUGGGUGUGCAGGACUUCAUUCCCUGGCUCUCCUAUUCCUGUUCUGCUAAAAUCCACACAUCAGGGCUUCUGUUAUUUUUCCGAUUGGUUGGGCUUUAUGGAGCAAAAGAUACACUGGGGAGAAAUGAACUGAACAACUGCUCCACUAUGAAUGAAUGAUAUUUCAUUCAGUUCGUUCUGAUGGAACUGCACCUCCCAAGCUCUUGUGUGAAAACGACAGAGGCGAUUCCUGUAGCUGAUGAAGACUGAGGACUUUUCCUACCACUCUAAUGGCUGGAGGCAGAACAGGGAUUACAAAGCAACAACAAACUGACAGCUUUAGCCAGAACUCCCUACCCAUGAGAAGUUGAUGGUGCUAUGAGAUAGAGGGGAAAAGACCCUUUCCAGCUUGGUCUCUGGCUUUUUAUUGACAUUGCUUGUUCCUAAAGGGUAGUAUUAGCCUCAGCAGUCCAGCUCUUUUGGCUUAUUUUGUAUUUGUUUAUGUUGAAAUUGAGCCAAAAGCUUGAGGCACUUUAGGAUAGGUCACUAUAAUUAAAUGACUCAGCUUGGAGAUUACUUGCCUCAGCCCUAACCACUCCAAAAGCCAGCACAGCCUGUUUAUCUGAUAAAUGAUUAGUAAAUGUUUCUUCUAUUGCCAUACUACCAGCUCACCUACAUCUGGAAGGAAAGACAUAUAGCUGCUGUCACUGAGCUCCCUCUCCUCAUAACCAUUAGCUGAACACAGCUCUGAGCUUGCUGUUGAGACCUGAGUCACCCACCAUCUGCCCCACACCAUAUUUCAGAGUUUUCUUGAGGUGUAGCAUGUUAGCCCUGCCUGACAUGCUAUAGCACCCCUAGACUGUUAUGGCAGAGGUAGCUGAACACUACAGCCUGGCCAGCAGCUGACAACUCCUGGUUAACUUUUCCUCUGUUCAGUGUAGACUAUUUAAGAGCAUGCUAUAACCAAAAGCAUAGAUGGUAGCCUGUUUCUGGGCUUCUUACCUCACAGUGAUGUUCAUCUGUUGGGGAUGAAUGGAUAAGGAAUAAUACUGACAGCUCUUAAAUGGGAAAGCUGAAACUGCUGGUGAAAAUAUUUAAAAAAUAUUUUUAUAGAAAAGUUGUGUGCUAGGUAAGGAGAGAAGGGGAUAUGAAAGGGUCACGAUAGGUAUGCUUAAAGAAGAGUUUUCUGUUUUGUGAUGCUUGGGAUAAAAUUUUUGGCAAUUUGAGACCAAUAAAAAUAAAUACAAUUUCUAGUGCUUUCCUGCAUCCCAGCUCACAAGGCUGACCAGGCCAUAAUUCCAUAGGCAUAUUUUAUUGCCACAGAGAUGUGCACAAUUACUAGAUCAUCUCUUCUGCAGAGCUUAUCCUCGCUUUGCUUAAAUUUGUUUAAAAACAGGUCUAAUUGAACUGGUGGAGCCACUGGGCAUAAAACAGGUGCCCCAAUGUCAAUUGCACCAGCUUAGCUCUGUCUUUCAACAACUUUUGUAAAUCAGUACAGCUCUCCAACCUGCACAAGGCCUUAUCAAGAGGGCUUAUGCCUUCAGAGGGCGAUUCGGGUCAGAGCAGCGAGGCAGGUAUGCUGCUGACAGCAGAAGCAUUUACUUUCCUGAGAGAUUCCCCAACUGUUGACACAGUUCUUUUUUAUGACAGUUCCUGUCCUACUUUUCAGCAAGUGCUGGAAAGCUCAUGCUUGCAGUUCUAUCUGCCCAGGAACUGCUGCCUGAAAUUUUUUCAGCUUUCCUUACCCUGGACUUACAGCAGUAACUAAUUUCACUGCAACAAUGAGGGAGGCUUAGAGCAAUUGUUUUAUUCCUCUUUACAAAGUUGCCUUCCUAUGCCAACUACUCUAUCAUUCAAUUGUCUGAAGGUAGCAUCUGCUUCCCAUUUUCCUAGAAGGAUGAUUAAUCCAAUUAGUCUACAGGGACCGGCUGGGUAUGCUAGCCCUCUAGUUCUGGCUUUGGGGGUUCCCCCUGCCCAGGGACUGCAGCUAAGUGGAUCCUGUAAUGGGGCUCUGGAGGAAGCAGGUUUGCACAGAAAGAUGUACCUGCUGUUUCUUAAGAUUUCUUUCCCAAAAUAAGGCUGGCAUUUAAGUUGAGGCACUGCCAGGUGAGUGCCCAUGAGUUGGCGUUGUUGCAUCAGCACUGAGCCUUGCCAAGACUGAAAACCACAGUCAGGAUUUUGUACUCAGUGUUCAGGAAUGCAAAGUGGAUGACACUGAAGAAGGAAUUUCAGAGCUGUUUUUCUUGGCUGCUACCAUAGGCCUGGAUAGUCUGUGGUUGUUGGGAAGAUACCCUGGUAGGAGGUAGCAUGGGGCUUGUGGGAGGGAGGGGCUUGAUAGUUUUCUAUGUCAGCCCUGGAGCUGAGGAUGGAGAGCCUUGGGAGGAAAUGGAGCAUCACUCCACCACAUUUGUCACUUUUGGAAAUACAGAGAGAAUUGUAUUUUCUAGCUCUAUUUUUUCAGCUGCUCUUUUUCAUUUCCCACUUCAUCUGUAUUGAUCUGCUCUUCAUGGAGACAAUAGAGAUGAAAUAAAUGGUUUUCCAUGUUGGUU